GUUCCCCCCAAAAAUGAAAGUGUUUGAGUCCACAACACACUUCCGGAGUUUCAGGGGUAAACAGCAUUGCUGCUGAAUCAAAAAGUAAAUGUUGAUUUGUUCUUCAAACGUGAAAAAACAACCUAAAGAAUUAUAACAUGCCUCCAUUCUGCUCCUGUAAGCUCAGAAAUUCAAAUUUGACUUGAAACAGCAUCAUUUACACACCAUUUCUUUUAGCCCAGGAGGAUAUCAGAGCACAUUUAGGCUAAAAACAUGGUUUUCAAUUCAAGUCGAAUUUGAAUGAGCAGUAUGGAGGCACUUUUUUUUCUCUGUUGUUUUAUUACGUCUGAAGAAGGAGUCAGCGUUUCCCCCCGAGACUCCUAAAUUGUUUUGUGGACUCACUUUCACCCACCCCUCCAUCGAUGUAGUCGUUAGUGGAUAAUGAGUGAAUCCUCAUUUCUUUGGGUUAACCAUCCCUUUAAGAGCCAUAACCAGUAGCAGUUAACACAAUGAACAUUACAUACCUGCAUCUGACAGAACUGGAUCAUCCUGUUGUAACAGUGGUUCAUGUGGCUGUUCUCUUUGAGGUGAAUGUAAUACUGAAAUUGACACACCUGCCUCCGUUCCCUGAGUACACGUUGGACCUUGGCAGUUUCCCCCGAGGAUGUGGCCCCAUGAGGCCGGUCUCCAUGGAGGGCCUGGUCAUUGCCAUGACGAGGGUCACGAAAUACACCCAGGGGGCCCGGUUCCUCUGUGUUAACGACGAGUGCCCCUGCUCUACUGGUACUUUGUUACCUCCGAGCCCUCACCACAGAUUUCUCUCAGCUUUAAGGUUCCACCACAUCCGAGUUCAUGCACCCGGAGCCACAGAGUCGGCGACUGUGAGAAACGACUUCAGCUGCAUGAUGUGCAGCUCCCAACUGAAAGAGGAUGUGAAGUUCCGAGUUUUGGGAGACAAACAGCUGGUGGAGCUGAUCCACGUCAAAGCACUGGACGUUCUAAAUGGGCACCAGCAAAGCUCACUCAGAUACCAGUCUGUCACCCUGUUUCUCAGAGAUGAGCUGUGUAACUUGAUGAGAAUUGGUCGACUCUACAGGGUGCUUGGCAUUCCUGCACAUGUCCACCAGUGGCCCAACAUCACCUGGAGUGUAGAGGCCAAUAGCAUCCGACUGUGGGAGCCAGAACAUCCCCAUAAAGUCAGUGUCAGGUUCCAAGAGCUGCUGAAAGCCACAGCCUCUUCUCCCUGGAGGUUCUCUGCUAUUGUAGCUCACUGCUUUGGGUUGGACGUUUCUCCUCCGGGCUUGUACAACACACUGAAGCUGGGUUUGUUGCUCAGUUUGGUGCAGACCAGAGCAGAUGCAAAAGAGACAUGUCACAACUUGGAUCUCCUCAUCAUCACUACCAACACCCUUGUAUUAGACAGAUUGUUGACAUACAGUUUGGGUUUGGCCAUUCGCGGGGUCAGACAUCAGGCCUCAGGGGAGAUGUUUGCAUCCCUGUCCCGGGACGAACAUGGAGCAGGCACUGCCAACAUCCAUGCUGGUUCUGCCCUGCUAGCCACCGGGGGCAUAUGCAUGGUAGGAGAUCUUGGGUGUUACAAGAAGGACAAGUUGGAUUCCAUCCAGUCAGUUCUGGAGAGCCGCACGGUGUCUGUAUUCAUCCCAGGAAAGAAAUACGGUGAGGAUGCUGACCAGCAGCUUUCCUUCCCGCUCCACUGCAGCUUCUGGGCCCUCACAGACCCCUCACAGCGUUCAGGGAGGACAGACCUUACUGUACUGGGCACAGCAGAAAUGGGUCCCAUACCACUUAAGCUGGCAGACAACUUUGGCCUGAUCAUUCGGAGUAGGGAUAUGAUGGGAGAGCAGGCCCUGCUCGCCCAGACUGUCCACACCCUCCAGCAGUCAGUACAGCCUGGAAAACCCCUCUACCCAUCCUGCUGGGAGUUCUCCUCUCAAAACUACCAGGAGCUGGUAGCCCACGCUCGGAGUUUACAAGUGGAGCUUAGUCCUGGAGCUGAGAAAAUGAUCCACGGUUACUAUAUGGCAAGCCGUAGAGUCAGAACCCAGAGUCAGGGUGUUAAGAUAUCAGUGGCCUCUAUCAAACUACUGAUCUCUUUGGCUGAAGCUCACUGCAAGUUAAGUCUCAGAACACAAGUGCUGGAGGAAGACGCUGUCAUCGCUGUGCUACUCUGUGAAAACUCAGUCACUCUCAAGCACGGCGCCUCUGCUCUCAUUAUUCCACCUGACGCAGUGUUUCCGUGUGACCUGGAAGAUGUGGACGGUUUGCCCAGAAGAGAUAUGGCACUGGAUAUGCUCCACCAGAAUAUCCUGCGCUUCAUUUACGCCUAUGCACCAGGAGCAAACAAUUACAUCACAGAAGAGUAACAUCUCUCUAAAGAUCCAAUAAUACAGUGUCCGAGUCAAAUGGGCAAUAUAUGUGGUGGCCAGUAUCAACACGUCGAGUUUGGACAGCUUGGUGUCCGGCGGCACCGACGGCAAAGUCCUCUGCAGUUCCAGGAACGCGGUCCUCAGCGUCUGCACGCGG